AUGGCUUUCAAGGACUUGUACAGCCAGACAGAUCACAAAACAGUCAAACCACGAUUGCAGAAACAGGAAGAACUACUCUUCCAACACCAACCCCAGCUGAUGCCCAAGAAGCGAAGUUCAAACUGGUCGGAACCUCGAACAGUCAUGGCAAGGCACACUCAGGUGGCAAAACUUCCGUACUCUAUUAACCAGGAGGAGAUCAGAGCCUUGUUAAAGUACGCUGGAGCCCGUGGAGGACUCAUCAAGGAUUUCGCCGGAUCCCAGAUCCUGACGAAGCUUCCCCAGGAUGACGUAAAGUUUAAAUAUUCUGAUGUCUGCAAGGCCGCGUUCCCAUUUUUGAAAGAUCGAUUGAUGAGUUUUUCUAUAAUACGCGGCCCUGACUGGAAUCACUCCUUUGAGGUGAUAUGUGAGACUAGUAACUGUGCUUUGGGAGAAAUAUUAAGUCAGAAAUUCCAGGGGAAAAGUUAUGUUGUCCUCUAUGCAUCAAAAACCUUUGGUCAGGCGCAAAUGAACUAUGAUAUGACCGAAAAAGAGAUGCUAUCAGUAGUCUUCGCAUUUGAGAAGUACAGACAGCACCUACGAGGUUCCAAAGUGGUGGUGUAUACAAACCAUGCGGCCAUCAAAUACCUAUCGUCGAAGAGGAGAUCAAAACCGCAUUUGAUAAGAUGGUUACUCCUUCUACAGGAGUUUGAGUGGGAAGCAGUUGAUAGGAGAAGAUGUGAAAACAUAGAGGCGAGUCACCUACGCCAAAUUCUGCAAAAAGAAAAUACGGAAGCCAUUCCAGACAAGUUCCCUGAAAGGCACAUGCAUCUGAUCAAGUCGAAGUUUGAAGGACAGCGGAUCUGCCAGGAAAGGAGGAUUGAUCAAAGCAAACAGAGAAGCUGGGAGCAACUUGCGCCUAAAAGGGCAAAGUUCGCAGGAAGGACCAACAGUCUGGAGGAAAGCAAGUUACCCUGA